UCACAACAAGAGAACAGUGUGAAGAGGGGCAUCUUGAAGAGAGACCUGAACAAUCUUCUUGCUAAUUGCACCUUUUGACCCAAACUCCAGCUCAGGUAUCACUGGAAAGACUGAGGAAGACUCCAUGAUGAGGACUGCAGUGAUUUGCUUCUGCUUACUUGGCAUUGUCUCUGCAUUACCUGUGAAGCAGCAGAUCAAUUCUGGUAGCUCAGAAGAAAAGCAGCUUUAUAGCAAACAUCCAAAUUUUGUGGCAACAUGGCUGAAUGCUGAUCCUUCCCAGAAGCAAACAUUAUUACCUACACAGAAUUCAGUGUCCUCUGAAGAAAGUACAGAAGACUUACAAGAGACGCUCCCAAGAAACUCCAAUGAAAGUCCAGAUGACAUCGAUGAUGAAGAUGAUGAUGAUGGAGAUGAGGGACAUAAAAGUAUUGAUUCUGAUGAUUCAGAUGAAUCAAAUGAGGUAGUCACUGAUUUUCCUAUUGAUACCCCAGCAACACCAAGUUUUCUACCUGAUGGACCAACAAGAGGUGAUAAUGGUGGCAGAGGAGAUAGUGUGGCCUAUGGACUGAGGUCAAAAUUGGGAGUACCCUACAGAUCAUCAGAACAGGUGCAUGAUGUUACAGAAGAAGAUCUUACAUCCCAAAUAGAAAGCUACGAAUCUGAAAAAACACACAAAGCGAUCCCUCUCUCACAAACCUUUCCUAAGGUUUCAUCUUGGGAAAGUAAUGGCCAGGGGAGUAAUGAAGCCAGCCAGGCAGAUGAAUACAGUGUAGAAACCCAUAGUCAUGAGCAAUUGAAAAGCUUUCAACUUGAACGGAAUAUUUAUGACAGCCAGCAGCAAAGUGACUCACAUGGCAGUCAGGAAAAUGACAAAGUCAGCCAAGAAUUUCACAAUCGAGAAGUUGACAGAGAUAGCCAAGAAUUUCACAAACAACAAGUUGGCAAAAUCAGCCAAGAAUAUCACAGCCAAGAAGUUCAUCUAGUCAGUGACCCUAAGAGUAUUGAAAAUAUUAAACCUCUGAAACUUCAUUCUCAUGAAGUUGAUAGUGCAUCUUUUGAAACUCAUUAAUGGGGGGAGGAAUGCUCAACUGUGCUUUUAGAAAGGACAGAAAAAUAAAAAUAUUGCAGUAUGGCUGGAGGAGGGGAGAGGAGAAUUUCUAAUACUUAUUUCUAAGCUUUCUGGGUAAAUAAAUGUCUAUAUGGCAUUUGGAAACAUAAUGGGUUUGAUUUCUAGUUUUAGUCAAGUGGUAUCAACCAGGUUAAUGAAAGUUUAAAGUUUUCAUUUUCAUUUCUUAGUUGAAAAGGACAUUAGUGUUUAUUUUUCUGUUUUGAAGAGAAUAUAUAAAGGCAAAUGAAAAUGGUUUAUGCAUAUAUCAGUGAAAUAUUACCUUUAUGAUACUGUACAUUUUUGUUUUUUAAUCAAUGUAUAUUUUGUUGUGAUUUUAUUUUAAAUAAAAUGUUAGAAAAAUUCUCAGAUAAAA